UGUGCAAACCUAUGAAGAGCAAGAGACAGGCCUAUAAAUACAUUCUCAUCCACUGGGACAUUUUCAACUUUUCGAUCAACCACUGGAUUCCCACACAGUCUCUCUAAAGCAAAUUUGUGUCGUGGAUGUGGUCCAUAAUGGGGGCUCCUGGGGGUUUGCUGCUACUUAUAAUUUUGCAGGUUUUUACAAGAAUCACUUCAGGGACACUUGUCUCCAGCUGUGACUCAUGUCAUGAUGAAGCCACCUGCCUGAAGUCACAAGAGAGAGGCGACUCUUUCACUAACCAGGCGCCCUCUUGUGUCUGUAAAGAAGGCUUUGUAGGCGAUGGUCUCACCUGCUUCGAUACAAAACUCUGCAGUGACUCCUCUUGCUGCAGCCAAGGUUAUCACUGGUCAGCGGACAGAGGCUGUGUGGAAACUGAUGAGUGCUCCCUCCCAAAGUCACCUUGCCCCCCACCUCAUGUGUGCCAAAACACCCCAGGCUCCUUCGAGUGCCUGGCGCCUUCUUCCAGGAACAAAAUAGAUUCAUCUUUCCAAUCUGUCCAGUUCAGCUGUGGAAACACUGUUUGUCCCCUAGGCAUGGACUGCAUCGGUAGUAAUGGGACUCAGCGCUGUGCUGACCCCUGUGAGAACUACACCGAAUUGCAUGAUGACUGGCGUUCGACAAAUAACACAUCAACUGAGGUCACACACUGUGACCGAGAUGUUAACUGGCAAGGCUGGUAUCGCCUGUUUCUGGGGCAAACCAGUGCUCGUAUUCCAGAAAGGUGUGUCAGUGAAAACAGGUGUGGAACCCAUGCUCCGAUGUGGAUAACAGAACCUCAUCCCACACAGUCAGGCAAAAUUGUAAGUCGAGCUGCGUGCAAUUCCUGGGCUGGCAGCUGCUGCUAUUUUAGCUCAAACACCAUCCAUGUCAAGCUCUGCUAUGGAAACUACUACGUCUACAAACUGGUGAAGCCGUCCACAUGCAGCCUUGCAUACUGUGCAGAGGUGACCAGCGACGACCCUGCAGUAUCACCACCAACACCUGAUCCGAGUGCAUACACAUCUGGUGCCAGUCAGGCUGCUCUUACAACCGCAGCAGAGGACUACAGCACAGCUUUAGAAGCCACACAUCAGCCAAGUGCAUACACAUCUGCUGUCAGUUAUGCUCAAACUUCCACAAUGGCAGUGGACAACAGCACAGCAGUGGAGGGGGGGGUCCGCCUGGUCAACGGAGGAAACAGCUCCUGCUCUGGCAGAGUGGAGAUCUUCCACAGAGGACAGUGGGGGACGGUGUGUGACGAUGCCUGGGACCUGGUUGAUGCUCAGGUGGUGUGCAGACAGCUGGGCUGUGGCAGGGCCCUGUCUGCACCACAACGUGCUCGAUUUGGACAGGGCCGAGGGCCCAUCUGGAUGGAUGAUGUCAUGUGCAGAGGCAAUGAAUCAGAGCUCAGCCAGUGUGGACACAGAGGGUUUGGAUCUCACAACUGUCGUCACAGUGAGGAUGCUGGUGUCGUCUGUGAAGCUCUUUCACCAGUGAGGCUGGUCAACUCUGACAACCGCUGCUCUGGCAGAGUGGAGGUCUUCCAUGCGGGACAGUGGGGGACAGUGUGUGAUGAUGGCUGGGACCUGAGUGAUGCCAAUGUGGUGUGCAGACAGCUGGGCUGUGGCUCUGCUCGUUCAGCACUACAAAAUGCAGCUUUUGGACAGGGUAGUGGACCCAUCUGGUUGGACGAUGUCCGCUGCCUUGGAAAUGAAUCAUCCAUAACAAACUGCAGACAUCCAGGUUUUGGGGUCCACAACUGUGGUCACGUUGAAGAUGCCAGUGUCAUCUGCAAAUUCCAGCGCCCUCCACUCCAGCCUUCUCAGCUUAUUUGCACCCGUGAUAAACUCCAGGUGGGGCUGGAUUUGCACGGCUUUACAUCAUCUGGUUUGGACCCGUUCUCUGGCAACAUGGCAGCCCGCAACUGCACCUGGUUCAGAGUGCGCGAUGAUGUUGUAUGGUAUGAAGUGGAUGCCACAGCAGGUUCCUGUGGAAACACACUGAUGACCAACAGCACACAUGCCAUCUACUCCAAUAGUUUAUUUAUCUACCCGAUAAGCAAUGCAUCCUUCACCACCCCUGUGAGUCUUCCCUUCUCCUGCGUGUAUCCCCUGGAAACAGACAGCAGCCUGAAUGUGGCGAUCAGACCUUCGUUGUCGCUGGCAGGUGGCAUUUCUGGCUCAGGCACCAAAGCCAGAGCCUUCAUGUCUCUGUUCCGCAACUCCAGCUACACUGAGACGUAUCCAGCCAGCCGGGUCACCCUGCCACUGGGCUCGCCGUUGUACGUGGGCGUCACUGUGCAGGAGAGAGAUCUAAGCUUUGCAGUUGUUCUGGAGGACUGCUACGCCAGUCACUCAUCAAACCCGAAUUAUCCCAGACAAUACCCUCUCAUCCAGAACAAGUGUCCCAUUGACCGGCGACAGGUGUCGGUAGUUGAAAGCGGCUCAUCUCUCCGAGCUCGUUUCUCUGCCCUGUUCUUCCUGCUCCAGAAUGAAUACAGAGACGUUUACCUUCAUUGCAGCCUCAGCCUGUGUGACCGGAGGACUUCCCUUUGUGUUCCACGCUGCUCAGGCAGGACCUCUCGCUCUGUCUCCAACUCUGAUCCUCUGAGCACUCUCACCAUUGGACCGAUCAUAUGGGAUCAGUCACCUGAGAAGGUUGAUAACAUACAGUAACAACAUAAGCACAUUGUUUUAAGAUGAUCAUCAUAAAACAAAAGAUUUUAAAACUGGUGUUACAUUUUAGAAUAAAUCUCACCACACUUUGUAUCAGUCCUUAAUCUUACUCUCAUUGUAAUGGUUGAGUUAUUAAUUAGCAAUCAAACAGAAGCUUCGGUGGUUAUAAUGAAAUGAAGGUACCAACACUUUUCUUCUUCUCUGUGUGUAUUAACAGCA